AUGACACAAAAAACAAUGAAGUCAGAAGCAGAUUGGAAAUGUGAAGCUAAAGAACUGUUUGAAAAGGACAGAAGGGAUGGGUAUGAAAUUGUUCUAGUUGUGCUGUCCCUGAACAAAACUCACACUCGCUAUCCUCGGUACCAGUCAGGAGAAGCUAGUUUUAGUGCCAGUUUGACCACUCAUCCGUUUACACUCGGUAACUGUGAUGCAGUAGAAAUGCGAGUAUACGCUGGAAGCUUUGUUCAUUUAGCCAAUGCCGACUUGAGUUCAGCAGUGAAAGAUGGUGCAGAGAAAGAGAACUAA